AUGGGGUUGUUGUCAUCUGGGACGCCCAUGUCAUGGCUAGACUCACGCAAGUACAAUGAGCAUGUGCGUGUGAAUGGGAUUGAACAGUUGUUGAAUUCUUUUGAAAGUGCUGAGUCUAGAGACGGCGAUGAAUUGUACUGGGGAGAUGAAGUCGAGUAUAUGAUUUGUGAGUUCGAUGAGGCUAAUGAGAACGUUGUUCUUAGUGUGAAACAUGAUGAGGUUUUGGUUCAGUUGAAUACGGAAUACCAGGCCGAGUGUGACGAGUUGAACGUUCAUUUCCAUCCCGAGUACGGUCGGUUUAUGUUGGAGGCGACACCUGCGAAGCCAUAUAAGGACUUCGAGGGUGCAGAGGUUGAGAGGAACAUGCAGAUGCGCAGGGCCGUGGCAGAACAGAAAUUGAAGAAAUUUAACGACGUGAACUUGGUGACUCCGUUGUCGUUGGCUGUUUUCCCACGCAUGGGUCGUGACAAUUUUACGAAUUUGAAGAACCCAUGGGAUCAUAAAAAUUCGGCUAGUAGGUCGCUGUUUUUACCCGAUGAGAUUAUCAAUAGGCACGCUAGGUUCCCCACGUUGACAGCCAAUAUUAGGACUAGACGUGGUGAGAAAGUUUGUAUCAACGUUCCUGUAUACAAGGAUGUGCGUACACCGGAAACUGAUCCGUCGAUUCACGAAAGAGAUUGGUUUGUUCCAGAGGAUUUGGAAUCUGCCAAAGCUUCUAAACCAGGAUAUAUCUAUAUGGAUUCAAUGGGGUUCGGAAUGGGGUGUUCCUGUUUGCAAUUGACUUUCCAGGCUCCUAAUAUCAAUAAGGCACGUUAUUUGUACGAUACUUUGUUGAAUUUUGCGCCAAUUUUCUUGGCCGCAACUGCUGCCUCUCCAGUAUUCAAGGGGUUCCUUGCAGAUCAAGACGUGCGUUGGAACGUUAUCGUAGGUGCAGUUGAUGAUCGUACUCCAUAUGAAAGAUCAGUGGAGCCAUUGCUACCCAAGUAUAAUAACGGGUAUGGUGGUAUCGCAACUGAAGAUUAUGCUUCAACGGCACGGAUCAAUAAAUCAAGGUAUAGUGUAGUGGAUUUGUACCUCGGUGGUAACGAGUUCUAUGACUCCAAGUUCAACGACACUGAGGUUCCUAUCAAUGAGAAAGUAUUCAAGAGAUUGGUAGAUAACGAAAAGUUCAAACUUGAUAAAGACUUGGCUCGCCAUUUCGCCCAUCUUUUCAUCAGAGAUCCACUGGUCAUCUUCGAAGAAAGGAUUGACCAGGAUAACGAAACAGAAACUGACCAUUUCGAAAAUAUCCAAAGUACUAAUUGGCAAUCGGUCCGGUUUAAGGUCCCUUCACAAAGUGCGACCCCAGAUAAUAAAGGAGCUCCUGGUUGGAGGGUCGAAUUCAGACCCAUGGAAGUUCAAUUGACAGAUUUCGAAAAUGCUGCAUAUUCCAAUCUCAUUUAUUUGUUGGUAGAAUCUAUUCUUACCUUCGACGAUAAGAUUAAUGCUUACAUGUACAUGUCUGAAAUUUGGAAAAACAUGGAAACUGCUCAUCAUCGUGACGCUACUUUGAAGGAGAAGUUCUAUUGGAAAUCCGACUUCUCUGACCUUCAAGGUAAGACAGAACUGCUAAGUAUCGACGAAAUUUUCCAUAACCACCAUAAUGGUAUCUUUGCCAUUUUGAUCAAUCCAAUUCUAGCACGUAAAGGUCUGAUCGUGAAAUCUUGGACAGAAUUGAAAGACAAUACAGGGAAUGCAGAAUUGGUCAGAUUGUACCACUACUUAAAACUAAUCAGUGACAGAGCUUCUGGUAAGCUGCCCUCCUUUGCAAACUUUAUCCGUACCUACAUUUUGAACCACCCUGAGUACGACCAAACAUCAUCGGUCUCUCAAAGAAUUAAUUAUGACGUUUUGCAUUUGUCUUAUAGAAUCACUCACUAUGACGACUCAAAGAAUGAAUUGAGCGCCUUCUUGGGUGAAGAACUUGCAAUGUAUUUAACUCAGAACAGUAUACUAUAG